CAGGGCUCCGGGGCGGGGGUGGCGCCUCUUCCUCUCCUCCUGCUCGCGUUAGUUCCGGUCGCAGAGGAGACAGCGCCGCAGUUGCCGCCAGCUCGGGAAUUUCUGGCUCUUUUCUCUUCGCCUUAAAUUCGGGUGUCUUUUAUGAAUAAUCAAAAGCAGCAAAAACCAACGCUAUCAGGCCAGCGUUUUAAAACCAGAAAAAGAGAUGAAAAAGAGAGGUUUGACCCUACUCAGUUUCAAGACUGUAUUAUUCAAGGCUUAACUGAAACUGGUACUGAUUUGGAAGCAGUAGCUAAGUUUCUUGAUGCUUCUGGAGCAAAACUUGACUACCGCCGCUAUGCAGAAACACUCUUUGACAUUCUGGUGGCUGGCGGAAUGCUGGCCCCAGGUGGUACACUGGCAGAUGACAUGAUGCGCACAGAUGUCUGUGUGUUUGCAGCACAAGAAGACCUAGAGACCAUGCAAGCAUUCGCUCAGGUUUUUAACAAGUUAAUCAGGCGCUACAAAUACCUGGAGAAAGGUUUUGAAGAUGAAGUUAAAAAGUUACUGCUCUUCCUGAAGGGAUUUUCAGAGUCGGAGAGGAACAAGCUCGCCAUGUUGACUGGGGUCCUUCUGGCUAAUGGAACCCUCAAUGCAUCCAUUCUUAACAGCCUUUAUAAUGAGAAUUUGGUUAAAGAAGGGGUUUCAGCAGCUUUUGCUGUAAAGCUCUUUAAAUCAUGGAUAAAUGAGAAAGACAUCAAUGCAGUUGCUGCAAGUCUUCGGAAAGUCAGCAUGGACAACAGACUGAUGGAGCUGUUCCCUGCCAAUAAACAGAGUGUUGAGCACUUCACUAAGUAUUUCACUGAGGCAGGCUUGAAAGAGCUUUCAGAGUAUGUCCGCAACCAGCAGACCAUUGGGGCUCGGAAGGAGCUCCAGAAGGAGCUUCAGGAGCAGAUGUCCCGCGGUGACCCCUUCAAAGACAUAAUUUUAUAUGUCAAGGAGGAGAUGAAGAAAAACAACAUCCCAGAACCAGUGGUCAUUGGGAUUGUGUGGUCAAGUGUGAUGAGCACCGUGGAGUGGAACAAGAAAGAGGAGCUUGUAGCAGAACAAGCCAUCAAGCACUUGAAGCAAUACAGCCCUCUACUUGCUGCCUUCACUACUCAAGGUCAGUCUGAGCUGACUCUGUUACUGAAGAUUCAGGAGUAUUGCUAUGACAACAUUCACUUCAUGAAAGCCUUCCAGAAAAUAGUGGUGCUCUUUUAUAAAGCUGAGGUCCUGAGUGAAGAGCCCAUUCUGAAGUGGUAUAAAGACGCACAUGUUGCAAAGGGGAAAAGUGUCUUCCUUGAGCAAAUGAAGAAGUUUGUAGAAUGGCUCAAAAAUGCUGAGGAGGAAUCUGAGUCGGAAGCUGAAGAAGGUGACUGAAUUUUGAAACAACAUCCUCAGUAAAGCAAACAGGAGUUGUAGAUAAAUGUCAUGUCUCAUGUGUCCUGGUUCUUACAUCUUCCUACCUCCCUAUAUCAAGCAUGAUAUAAGGGCUUUCAUGCAGUUUUUAUUUUAACUGUUUUCUGGUUACUGGGAAGGUUGGGUUUGGUUCCUGAACCAUGUGUAAGGAGCUGCAGGAGCCGUGGAACGGAAGCUGGCGCUGCACUGGUCUUCAGUUCCCUCUACCUCCUGUAUUUUCUACUGUAAUAAUGUGAUGUAAGGCCCUCCGCAGUGCAGUGAGCACUUCACCUUAUUCCCUGGGUUUCUAUAUAAACAGUUUUCAAGAUAUGAUUUGGUUAAAAAUAAUUUGUUACAAAAAGAUUCUGUUUGCAAAUUAAACUGUAAAAGUAUCCAAAGUCUCAAAAGGCAAUGAUUUGUGUGAUAACUCAGUGUGUCCAGAGCCCUGUUCAUCAGUGAAAAUCCUGCAGAUGAUUGAAUCCUUAACAUGAAUCCUGACGUUGGUUAUUUGUGAGCAUUUUCUUAUAUUUUUAACUCCAGAUGUUGUUGAUUUCUGGGUUUCAUCCUUAGUAAAGCCAUGGAGAGCAAACUUGAGUUUGAGAACUACACAUGGCAGAGGUAGGAAGAAGGAAGCUGAGCCUUUUUCCAGAGCCUUCUAGGUUCAUUUGCAUCUUUCCAGGUAGAACAGUAGCUACUCCUCAUACAAACGUUCUACCCCAGGAUACAGCCAGACUCUUAGAAAGAAAGCGUUCCCACAAGGAGCGAGUCAAGGAAAUGUCUUGUCACUAACCCAUGAGAUUGUUGGGAGUGUUUUGGGUGAGUGUGUUCUAACAGGAUCUGGACACGACUCCAUUUCCUUUUGUGAAGGCGAAGGACAGUCAUUAGCAGUCCGCCAUUCAGUUAUCUGGGCCUGGCCUCAUUCUGCUAUAUACAAGCACCUAGUAACUCACCCUAGUUGCCAUUUUUUUUAAUUGCCGUGAGCCAAAUACUUCAAUUAAUUAAUCUAUUUUAAUGGCUGCCUUCGUUGCUUUUCUUUUUGCUAUCCAUUUAUAGUUGGUAGGGGAAAAUGUAGCCACCUUUUUGGCAAAGGCUGAAAGUGAACAUUUUGAACUUUUUUUUAAUUGGUAAAAGAAAAUAGUAAGAAUAAUGCCACCAGAGACUUGAGUGGAAAUUGCCCAUUUUGAAGGUGCCAUUCUUAGAAGCCAAGAAUUUGGUAUUUAAAGUCUAUCUUGAGAAUAACAUGUAAUAUAAUUUGAAAUAAAGGUAUAGUAACCUUAAGAGCAUUAUAGUGAAAACAUUGGUGGGUGGGGUGAAUUUGUAAAAUGAAUGACUUUGAUAAAGUUUUAUGCACAGGCAAAUGUAUUCAUUAGAUUCUGUGUAGUGAUCUGCUUCCUUUGUAAUUUGUAGUCCUAAAAAGAUUUUUUUUAAAAUAAAGUCCAUCCUUACAUUUAGGUUUUAUAGAUCAGUCUUUUUAUUCCCCUCAUAAACCCCAUUGGUCCCUAAUGGUGUGCUGUAUGUUGUGCUUUCAAAUGUCAACUGUAUACGGAUUAGUAACAAUUUGUCCUUAGAACUCGCAAACUAAACACCUCACAGAUUUCCAAUGUAGCUAAAACUACAUUGCAUUUCUACAACCUUAUCCUUGCAUGUUACCGCCGUUUGAAACUCACCCUUUAUUAUAUACUGUGUAUAGUCAGAGUGUGGAGUCUUCCAGAACUACAUUAUGAUCUUUGAUCAUUGAUCUUUUUCCCCCUUUAUACACAGUAGUGUUUACUUAAUAUAAUAGCACAUGGGUAAGGCACCUGUUAGUACAGUGUAAAGAACGAGAUUUAUGAAAUUCUCAUUUUAAGUUUAAAUGCCAACCUAUGGCCUCCAAUAUGUAAUUCCUAAUAGAGAUGUUAAAAUUGUACUCUGAAUCAUGAUUGGGAAAACUGUUGACUGAAUUCCUAACUUGGUGUCAGUUUCUAAGGCCUUUAGUGUCCUAGAUACUGUACUGUGUGUAUUUAGAAUUGAUAAGUGUCACCUUACUCUGGGAUUAUUGUCCUAGAAAUAUUCUGCUCUUACAAAAUUUGCAGAUACCAAAAUGCCACAUAUUUUGCUCAGCAUAACGAUUGGUGGUGAGGGGAAAUGCAUGUGACCAAGUGUUCAAGCUUUUUCCAUUAUCCAACCCCCCAGAAACCUUUUCCCCUAAUAGCACCCCAAUAAAUUUUAAUAUAGAUAACACUA